GGAGCAGGAAAAAAACAUCCUAUUUGUUGCAAGCAUAUAUGCUUAGUCCAAUCAUGCAUGUGAAAACAUGGCUGCCUGGAACGUAUGCGGGAACACAAAAGCGAUCUUGGAGAAGGACGCUCGAACCAAGAAGAGAAGCGACGAGAAGAACAAAUUUUACUGCAGCGACUGAUCUUCUAUUGAUUUGGCUUUGAAAUGGGAGGCAAAAGCGAACUGCGUCCUGGGCCUUUUCGGCUGGAGCGUCCCCAUAAUUCCUCAUGCUUCAAGAGAGCAUGCCACGUUGUAUUUGCUACUGCAGCCGUUGGUUUUGUAUUCCUUCAGGUGUCCAGGUCGUUUUUCAGAGCUGGAGUGAGUGGAGAAUGUCCUCAAAGCGGCUCUGAUAUUGAUUGUCAACAGACGCCUUUACCAACGGGAAUUGAUACCGAGAGGAAGUAUUGCCCAAGCCUGAGCGAGCGCUCGGAGACUUAUGAGUUCAAAAACCUGACAAGCUUUUCUCUUCUGGAAGGGUUUGGCUUGUUCGCCAACGAUGCUCCGUGGGAUUCGAAUGUGAAUGGCAGCAUUUUCUUUCGCCCUGGCAAAGCCGAUCAAAGUGCUGACAUUCGGGUCGACAUUUCUCUCAACUCGUCGUCUGAAUCCAUCAUCCAGAAGACACAGAUUGAACAGCUUGAGGAGUCAUUGCUCGUCACAUUUCCUGCUAAGGCAAACGAUAGUUCAGCUCCAAAUCGUUGGUGCCUCGACUUCGUCAUUGAUGUCUUCGUUCGACCAGGUACAGAACUGCAACAUCUUGGCUUAGACGCCUCGGUAAGUCAAGUAUUGGUACAAGAAGGCAUUGACCUCAGGGUCGUGCAAACAUCGAUAUCAGUAACGUUCGGAACAUUGAGAGUAGAGGCGCCUUUCCAAUCUUCGCAUACCUCAAUUCAUAUGCGCUACGGCUCUGUAUUUGGAAACUACACCGUAGAAGACUCACUCAACAUCCGCACCAAUUUUGGUGCUGUCGUCGCAUCAAUAGCCCCUAUCAGCGCCAUGUCAAGGACCGACGUGCCCAGCAUUUUGGACAUAACCUCCGAGAGCGGGUUGAUACAUGUAGAAUACCCGUAUGCCGGAUUUGGACAUAUAUUUGAGCGUCCGUAUUUCACUACGAUAGCGACUGAAACGGGAUCUGUCCGAGGCCGCUACCUACUGGGAGCAGAAACGUCGAUCAAGUCAAGCAGUGGUAGUAUCGAUGCGGAUAUUCUUCCUUACCUGGUAACUAAUUUUUCAACACUCAUAACGAACAGCACCCUCGGCAGUCAACAUUUUCGCUUGGUAAUUCCUGAAAAAAGCCACAUUACCUCAAUCGGCAACCUCAGAAGCACACAUGUGACGACUGCAGGGCAAUUAAGAAUGCAGUAUCCUGAACAGUGGGAAGGGAGCUUGUACGGAGAAACAACGGUUGGCAGUAUCAGGGUCGAAGGCAAGCUUGAUCAUAUCAAGGAAGGCUCGAAAGGAGUAGUUGGUCGAUGGGUGAAGGCUCUUAAAGGUCAGGGUGGGAGCAACAUGACUUUUCGAACGACAUUCGGUCGCGCGUAUCUCUCUUUUGGAAGUACAUGACCCCCGUCAUCCUUCCUGACAGGUCAUUCUCUGGUUGCCAUUUGAAGUCACCAGUUAUACUCGCGCGAGAGCUCUCUAGCUCUAAAAGCAAGUGGCGACGAUUGCAACGCGCGC